AUGAGUUACAAUAAUAAUAAUAAUAAUAAUAAUAACACAAACACCACGAAUCCAUAUGGAAAUACAAAUCCAUAUGAAGAAGACCAAUAUGAAAUGAACGAAGAUCUCAAUAGAGCUCCAGUUACCGUUGCAACUAACCAAGAUACGUCCACUUCCCAACAGCAGGAUGGUACUGAUUUUGUCUCGUUUAUGAAUAAAAUUAAUAACAUCAAUAACAACUUGAGUAAUUAUGAAUCAAUCAUCAACCAAAUCGAUAAUCUACAUAAACAGUUGCUGACUGAAAUCAGUGAGGAGAACGAAAUGAACUUAAGACAUUCUCUUGACAAUUUCAUAUCGCAAGCCUCAGAUUUACAGUACACUCUAAAAACCGAUAUUAAAAAUGCGCAAAGGUUGGCUUUGAAUGAUCCCAAUAAGCAUGCCCAGGCAGAGAAUUCUAGACAAAAAUUUUUAAAAUUGAUUCAGGACUAUAGAAUUAUCGAUUCCAACUAUAAAGACGAAAAUAAAGAACAAGCAAAGAGACAGUAUAAGAUUAUUCAACCCGAUGCUACUGACGAGGAAGUCGAGGCUGCAAUCAACGAUGUUGGCGGACAACAAAUCUUUUCUCAGGCUCUAUUGAACGCAAAUAGACGUGGUGAGGCUAAGACUGCAUUAGCAGAAGUGCAAGCCAGACAUCAAGAACUAUUAAAGUUGGAGAAGACCAUGGCUGAAUUAAACCAAUUGUUCAAUGAUAUGGAAGAAUUAGUCAUUGAACAACAAGAAAAUAUCGAAGUUAUAGAUAAGAAUGUGGAGGACGCACAACAAGAUGUAGAACAAGGUGUAGGCCAUACUAAUAAAGCUGUUAAGAGUGCCAAAAGGGCAAGAAGAAACAAGAUGAGAUGUUACAUUAUUUGUUUCUUGAUUUUUGCAGUGGUUGUUGUCGUUGUUGUUGUUCCAUCUGUUGUUAAGACUCGUUGA